GUUUUUUUCUUUCAUUCCACAUUUCACGACGCUUUUCUGCUGCUUAGAAUUAUUUAAAUAAAAUUAGAGCAAGAAAUAAAAGCUUAUUUACAAAAAAAUGCAUAAUUUUCGAAAGCAGCAGUCCACGGACACUACAGAUACUGGAGUUGAAAAGAAUGAUUAUCCUAGAGCCACAAAUGGAGUGGUCUUUGGUGCAAUCAUAACCUUUGUGGGUUAUUUUUUUAUGAUGAUGUCUUUUUGUUCUCCCUAUUGGAUAGAAUCGUAUGAGGAGUCGCGUAGCAGUUUCAAGAAUAUGGGCUUGUGGCAAUAUUGUUUUAAAGAUUUUACCUAUCCAAAUUAUCAAUUUCCACGCAAGUUUACCGGUUGUCAUAAUAUCUUCAGUCAUGAGUACUACGUAAUUCGCGAAUGGCUUUUACCCGGCUGGUUGAUGUCAGUGCAGGCUUUUGUCACUCUAUCCUUUAUAAUAAUUUUCUUUAUUUUGAUCAUAUUGGCAUUGAUUGUCAUUCGUUUACCUCUGAAAUUUGUGCUACAAUACGAAUGGUUGUUGGUACGCAUCUCCUAUCUGGGAACAACCAUAUCAUCGGUCUUCAUGUUCUUGGCCGUUUGCGUAUUUGGCGGCUGUGCCUACCGUCGCGAUUGGUUAAUGUAUCCUAAAUUUAAUGUUUUAGGCUGGUCCUAUGCCUUGGCCGUGGUCACUUUUAUUCUAUUGGGUUUGGCCGCUCUCAUCUUCCAUCGGGAGGCCCGCCAGGCUUACGAAAUAAGAGGCGAACAAAAGAAUUUGGUAAUGCAAAUGGAAAUGCAAGAGCCAGGCUAUCAAGCCGAUCGUCAUCAUCACAGCACCUCAAGGAGUCUGCAUGGUUAUAUAUAAGUAGCAACGACACAAGGGCUUAUUGCACAAAGCUAAUAUAUUGAACAUAUUCGAUUCGUUUUAUGUUUUUCCAUACAUUCCACUUUAUGUAUUAGCAGAUUUAUAUUUUUCUUCUUCGAUUAUUAUUCGUUUAAGUUUUAAGUUUCGAAAUGUUUUAUUCGAAUCUCAGUGACAGUUGAGUGUCAUGUGAAAUACCUACCUACCGUCCACCAUAUUUCUCUGUAUUUUAUUCUUUUUUAUGAUUCAUAGGCAGCAAAUUGUAUGCAAUCUUAUUUUUAUUUAUCAUCCAUAAACCAUAUUUAUACUACUACUACUACAAUAACACAAAAGUGCCUUCGAAUUGAUAGAUUUAAAGACAGUGUUUACACUGUGGCGUUUAUAUGGUAGAAAUACAUAUCGUUUUAUUGUAUCCCAUAGCGAUAUAUGACUCGUAUAUCCGUCCAGAUUAUUUUAACGACAUUUCCGAAUAGUUUUUAUAAUGGCUUAGUUUUUUUUUAUACAAUAAA